AUGGAUGAAGAGGAGAAGUACGAGUUUCUGCAGUUCCACAAGAAGCUAUUGACAUGGCUGGGUUUAUGGCCAAGGGAAAACGAAUUAGAGCAUCCAACGAUCUUGAGCAAACUCAGGAAUUUCAGCUUCGUGAUCCUGCUAAUACCAUCAUCCAUUCCACUUCUCAUGGAUUGUAUUAUGAUGGUUGGAGAUGAAGAUUUAACAACGAUAAUUCAAGCUCUCAUAGCUUUAGUUUGCGUGAUCGGACAGCACUACAUGGCGAUUUGCUUUUUGUGUAAUCGCAAAGGAAUAGUUAAAUUAGUUUCACGUAUAAAAGGUUUCCAGAAGUUCUCUGAUCUUGAAGGUAUGAUCAAAACGGAUAAAACAGCGAUUUUUCACGCGAAAAUCCUUCUGUUUUAUUCAACGGCUGGUGUCGUGAUGUACGUGAGUAUGCCUCUCCUAUCCAUCCAGCAUUGCGAGGAUAAUAAGACAAGAAGUAUGAAGGAAUGGGGAAUACCUUGCGGUUUGGUCUCAAGAGUUCGACAACCGUUUAGGUUCGAUUACAGCCCUGUUUACGAGCUGAUGUAUCUCCAUCAAAUAAUUCUAGUUUCACUGGUAACUUGGGUGAUAAUCAUGCUCACGAUGCUGCAAUGCGGAGUUUUGAGCCACGCCACUCAUCAUCUGAAGAAGCUGCGAGUUUUGAUCUUAGAAUUGGGAACUUUGGAUCGUUCGGAGAUGGAAAAACGCGCUUUGUUCUGCAUUCGGUACCACAUCGAAAUCAUCGAGUUUUGCGACAACUUCAAUGCAGUUUUCAGCAGCCAAAUGUUGAUGCACAUCAGUCUCACAUCUUUCGUGAUCAGCAUCUUAGGUUUUCAAUUACUUGUCGUGAAUGCUGCUGAUUUUAUCAGAUUCACUCUUCACCUAAUGGGAUGGCUUUUUCUACUUCUAUUAGUUUGCUAUUACGGUCAAACACUAAUCAACGAGAGCACAGGCGUAGGAUCUGAUGCCUACACUACAGAUUGGUACAGAGGAAGCGUGAAGCUUCAAAAUGACAUGAGGAUGAUUAUAAUGAGAUCCCAGAAACCAGUAACCUUGAACGCUCUAAACUUAGGUCACAUGUCUUUGGCUACAUUUCUAAGUGUUAUGAGUUCAGCCUACUCCUACUUUACACUUUUAAUCAACCUAAAAUUUGCUAAGUAA